AUGGGACGCGAUAGCCGUGAACGAUGCAGCCGAUGCGGGCAAGACGCCGCCGUCGAGAGCCACUUCACCACCAUCGGCAUUUUGCUGUGCUUGGCCACGUUUUGGCUUUGCUGCGUCGGCCUGGUCUGCCUGUUCCAAUCGAGGACCGACCACUGCGUCUACUGCCACAACGACUGGUCGGCCGCCAGGGCCGCUAAUGGAGGACGCACCAAAAAGCUGCACAUCUUCGACCCGAUGCCCGCCGAACUGCCGGGUGAACUUACCGCCGACCCCGACGCCAAGCCGCCCAAGCCCAAGACGAAU